AUGGCUCGAACCAUAGAUCGCAUAGACCAUGCUUCCAUACUGGAUAAGCUGCCCGAUGCGACUAACGCCAGGUUUGACGCGUUCGACGAUCGAGACGCAGUGGAAUGUCUCCAAGGCACUCGGACCGAGCUCCUCCAGCAGAUAAUGGAAUGGGCUAUGUCGCCGUCCCAAAAAUGCAUUUUCUGGUUAAAGGGAAUGGCUGGGACAGGAAAAUCCACAAUAUCUCGGACUGUGGCAAGGUCGCUCAAGGACACCAACCAUUUGAGUGCUAGCUUCUUCUUUAAGAGGGGCGAAGGGGACCGAGGGAACGCGAAGAAGUUUUUCCCGACAUUAACAAGGCAACUGAUGCUCAUGAUUCCUGUGUUGAGGUCUGGCGUGCACAAGGCACUCCACGAUGACCCUGACAUUGUGUCAAAAUCGCUUCGGGAGCAGUUUGAGAAACUACUCCUUCACCCGCUGCUCGAUCUUGACCAACUCGGCCGACAACCUCAAGCCGCUGUGAUAGUGAUCGACGCUUUAGACGAAUGCGAACAUGACCAAGAUGUCCGAAACAUCAUUCGAUUACUGCCUCUUCUACAGAAAGCAAAAUCGGUUCGUCUUCGGAUCUUCUUGACUAGCAGACCCGAACUCCCAAUCAGUAUCGGCUUUUCAGAGAUCGCGAAUCAUGGGUAUCAGGACCUAGCUCUUCAUGAGAUACCCGAAAAGGUGACAGAACGUGACAUACAUUUAUUCCUGCAGGACCGAUUUGCGAAAAUCAAACAGGACAGAAAUAUUUCCCAAGACUGGCCCGGCGAUAAUGUUAUCCAGAAAUUGGUCACGGUGUCCGUUCCCCUAUUUAUUUCGGCUGCCACCGUGUGCCGUUAUAUCGAAAAUGCAAAAUGGGAACCUCAAUUCCGCCUCGCAGAGCUUCUAACGGACCAAGCCAAAUAUGUAUCGAAAAUGGAUAAGACAUACCUGCCAAUUCUGAUGCGACUACUGGACGAUCGAGAGAGUGAUGAAUCGGAGCAGCAGCAGCUCCUGCAAGAGUUCCAGGACAUAGUUGGUGUCAUCAUCCUUCUCGCUGAUCCGCUUUCUAUAAAUGCCCUGUCACUGUUUCUUGGAAUAGGAGCGGACCAGAUCGGCAAUCGAUUAAAUUCGUUCCGCUCUGUUUUGAGCAUUCCCGGUAACCGAGAUCAGCCUGUAAGGAUUCUACAUCUAUCGUUUCGGGAUUUUUUGGUCCAGUCUGGAACCAAAUUUCACGUGGAUGAGCCAAAAAAGCACAAGAAAAUUGCUCACUUAUGUCUCAAAACGAUGCAAAAUCAUCUACGGAAAGAUAUCUGCGAUCUAGAAAGCUCUGGAACGUAUAGGACAGACGUCGGCCCUCAAUAUAUCCGCCAAUAUCUACCGCUGGAACUACAGUACUCUUGUCGCUACUGGAUACACCAUCUCGAGCAAAGUCAGGAUCUAUCUUCCGGGAUAGAAGAUGUGCUACUUUUCCUCCAGAAGCAUUUUCUGCACUGGUUAGAGGCGAUGAGUCUACUGGGUCUUAUAUCGGAGGUGGUGGGUAUGCUUGAUCUCCUCCGCACGGUUGUACUAGGCGACAACAAUUCUGUAAUAUCGGAAUUUCUGCAUGAUGGAACGCGCUUUGUUCUGAAAAAUCGCCAGAUAGCCGACGAAGCACCACUUCAGGUUUAUUACGCAGGGCUAGUGUUUGCACCUCGAACGUCAGUAAUUCGUAGAGAGUUCAAGUCGGAGCUUCCAACUUGGAUAUGCCAGUUCCCACAAGUUGAGGAAAAAUGGAGCGCAGAAUUACAGGCUAUCGAGGGCCAUUCGGACUCGGUUCAGUCGGUAGCCUUCUCGCCCGACGGCCGGCUGCUGGCGUCCGGCUCCGACGAUAAGACAGUGCGGCUCUGGGACACGGCGACGGGCGGCCUGCAGCAGACUCUCGAAGGCCAUUCGGGCUCGGUUCAGUCGGUGGCCUUCUCGCGCGACGGCCGGCUGCUGGCGUCCGGCUCUAGCGAUAACACCGCGCGGCUCUGGGACACGGCGACGGGCGGCCUGCAGCAGACUCUCGAGGGCCAUUCGGGCUGGGUUCGGUCGGUGGCCUUCUCGCGCGACGGCCGGCUGCUAGCGUCCGGCUCUGACGAUAACAUCGUGCGGCUCUGGGACACGGCGACGGGCGGCCUGCAGCAGACUCUCGAGGGCCAUUCGGGCUCGGUUUGGUCGGUGGCCUUCUCGCCCGACGGCCGGCUGCUAGCGUCCGGCUCUUACGAUAACACCGUGCGGCUCUGGGACACGGCGACGGGCGGCCUGCAGCAGACUCUCGAAGGCCAUUCGGGCUCGGUUCGGUCGGUGGCCUUCUCGCGCGACGGCCGGCUGCUGGCGUCCGGCUCUAGCGAUAGGACCGUGCGGCUCUGGGACACGGCGACGGGCGGCCUGCAGCAGACUCUCGAAGGCCAUUCGGGCUCGGUUCAGUCGGUAGCCUUCUCGCGCGACGGCCGGCUGCUAGCAUCCGGCUCUUACGAUAACAUCGUGCGGCUCUGGGACACGGCGACGGGCGGCCUGCAGCAGACUCUGGUGAGGGCCAUUCGGGCUCGCGAUAACACCGUGCGGCUCUGGGACACGGCGACGGGCGGCCUGCAGCAGACUCUCGAAGGCCAUUCGGGCUCGGUUCAGUCGGUAGCCUUCUCGCGCGACGGCCGGCUGCUAGCGUCCGGCUCUAGCGAUAACACCGCGCGGCUCUGGGACACGGCGACGGGCGGCCUGCAGCAGACUCUCGAGGGCCAUUCGGGCUCGGUUCGGUCGGUGGCCUUCUCGCGCGACGGCCGGCUGCUGGCGUCCGGCUCUGACGAUAAGACCGUGCGGCUCUGGGACACGGCGACGGGCGGCCUGCAGCAGACUCUCGAGGGCCAUUCGGACUGGGUUCGGUCGGUGGCCUUCUCGCGCGACGGCCGGCUGCUAGCGUCCGGCUCUGACGAUAACACCGUGCGGCUCUGGGACACGGCGACGGGCGGCCUGCAGCAGACUCUCGAGGGCCAUUCGGACUGGGUUCGGUCGGUGGCCUUCUCGCGCGACGGCCGGCUGCUGGCGUCCGGCUCUGACGAUAAGACCGUGCGGCUCUGGGACACGGCGACGGGCGGCCUGCAGCAGACUCUCGAAGGCCAUUCGGGCUCGGUUCGGUCGGUGGCCUUCUCGCCCGACGGUCGGCUGCUGGCGUCCGGCUCUUACGAUAACACCGUGCGGCUCUGGGACACGGCGACGGGCGGCCUGCAGCAGACUCUCGAAGGCCAUUCGGGCUCGGUUCGGUCGGUGGCCUUCUCGCGCGACGGCCGGCUGCUGGCGUCCGGCUCUAGCGAUAAGACCGUGCGGCUCUGGGACACGGCGACGGGCGGCCUGCAAGAGACCUUGAAGACCAAUGGAAUCGUCAACAAACUCGACUUUUCUCAAGAGGGUUCAUAUCUAAUCACUAACUUGGGCACCCUCGACAUUCAAUCUGGGCACGAAAAUUUUGCUUCUACUUCAACCCAUAAGAAUCCGGCGAUCUUCAUUGAGCAAGGACGGUGGAUAAACAUGAAUGGCAAAAGUGUACUAUGGCUUCCUCCUGACUUUCGGCCUAGCUGUUCCGCGAUUAAUGGGGAUUUACUUGCGUUGGGACACGCAUCAGGGCGGGUUUCUUUCCUACGAUUUCAUCUAUAG